GCAUCAGAAAUGGGAACGGACAAUGACAGUGAGAACUGGAAGGAAGUGCAUAAGAUGGUGGUGGAUAGUGCCUAUGAAGUCAUCAAGCUAAAAGGAUACACCAACUGGGCCAUUGGGUUGAGUGUGGCUGACCUCAUCGAAUCCAUGUUGAAAAACCUGUCUCGGAUCCACCCUGUGUCUACAAUGGUGAAGGGGAUGUACGGCAUUGAAAACGAAGUCUUCCUCAGUCUCCCAUGCAUCCUCAAUGUCCGGGGACUGACCAGUGUCAUCAACCAGAAGCUGAAGGAUGAUGAGGUUGCUCAGCUCAGAAAGAGUGCGGACACCCUGUGGGACAUCCAGAAGGACCUCAAGGACCUGUGACUGUCCGGUUCUAGGCUGUAGAAUUCAACCUCCAAUGUCACUAAUCAUGAGCCUUUAGUCUUCGGCCUUGUACAUAGGUCACAGUUUGCUUCUCCCCUGACAUGUGACAUGAGGUCACAGAUCAAAGCUCCGGCUCGUUGGAUGUUUGCACUAGGAGCUCUUGAACAAAUAAAGUUAACUGUUGUUGCA